GUUUAAAAAAUAAAAACUAAAAUCUCUGAAAUGGGUAUUCAAAAUCUCCUCCGAUUCAUGAGACCCUUCAUCGAGCCCGUCCACAUCAAGAAAUACUCGGGCAAGAGGGUUGGUAUUGAUGCUUAUUCAUGGAUGCACAAGGGAGCUUAUUCUUGCAGCAUGGAGCUGUGCCUCGGCUCACAAUGCGACGUCGCGAAGCGUUAUCUCAAGUACUUCAUGCAUCACAUUAAUCUUCUUCGGCAUUAUAAUGUCAUUCCGGUGGUCGUUUUCGACGGCGGUAAUACUCCGUCCAAGUCGGCUACCGAGGACGAGCGCCACAGGAGAAGGGAAGCUAAUCUUGUGCAGGCCAAUGAGAAACUCAAGGAAGGAGAUGUCGGCGUUGCAGUCGAAUUUUUUCGAAAAGCUGUUCAGAUUACUCCAUCAAUGGCUCAUCAACUUAUUCAGAUCUUAAGGUCGGAAAGUGUAGAAUUCGUAGUUGCUCCCUAUGAAGCUGACGCGCAAUUGGCAUAUCUUGCUACUCUUGAAGCUGAUCAAGGCGGCAUUACUGCUGUUAUAACCGAAGACAGCGACUUGAUAGCUUACGGUUGCAAAUCAAUCAUAUUUAAAAUGGAUAGGUUUGGAAAUGGUGAAGAGUUUUUGAUGGAUAGAAUCUUCAGCGCUGUCACUGAGGGGUUGUCCUUCAAGCAUUUUGAUAAAGAAAUGUUCACAGGAAUGUGUGUCCUAGCUGGUUGUGAUUUUCUUCCUUCUAUUCCGGGAAUAGGUACUAAAAGAGCAUAUAGCUUGGUCUCGAAGUAUAAGAAUUUAGAUCGUGUUCUAUCAGUUCUGAAACUCGAUAAAAAGUACAGAGUACCAGAAGAUUACUCUGAUUCUUUCGGAAAGGCCAUUGCAAUCUUUCACCAUGCAAGAAUAUAUGAUGUUGAAACUAAAGCACUUAAACAUUUGAAGCCUUUGGAACAGAAAUAUCUACAGUAUCUAAAUGGAGACCUCGAUCUUCUUGGACCAGAGCUUCCAUCAUCAAUGGCCGCUGCUAUCGCUGAAGGUAACUUAAAUCCUAUUACCAUGGAGGCAUUUAACCAAACUCCUGCAGCUGAAAGCUGCGCAGCAUUCGAUCACAUCGACAAAAAUGAGUCACAAACAUCGUCAGCAGAAGAGAGUUGCAUCACCAUCUUGUCGGACCUUUCAAGAAACCAAGAUAUCAUAGCUAUUGACGAGAUCUCCUUGGACAAAAACAAGUACAUGAAAGAAGCUCUUGCACUAACCAAAUUGAUUGCGCCAUCCAGAUGUAAUCAAGAGGUAGAGAACAAAGUAGAAUGGAAAGAAAUCCCCAAGAACAAUCCAUUUAAGAAGAGGAAGUUAGAGAAUCAACAACAGGAGAGACAGAACAUUACUGAGUCGGCUUCGGUACUGACUAACGUCGAACAGGCUGGCACAGUGUGGUCACAGGUGUCGCAAGAGAGUGUGGAGUCGAAGCCUAUGAAGAAACUCUUGAUCGACAAACAAGAGAUCUCCAAAAAAGCUAGAAGUAGAAAUGGCCGAAGUAAUGCGAAAAGUGAGAGAAAUGGUAUUCUUAAAUUUUUUCGGCGAUUGUAGUUGUACUAUCCUGGAUAAAUUAAGGAUCCAGCUCUCUUAGAUCUUUUAUUAGUAAGAAACUAAUUUAGCCCUUCUUUAUUUGAGAUUCGAAGCUGAUUAUUUAUGCUGACGAAUCAUCAUGCAAAUGUAACAUCACAAGUGGUGGUUGUGUGGGAAAAUCAUUACGAAACAGUUUAA